CGAGCUGUUCCAUCGGCGGAGUAAAGAUGGCUGACCAAGGCGCCGCAGAUCCUGGAAAUAACAACAAUAAUAAACCUGAAGAAGCAGAGGGAACUAUUAUUAAGGUCACAGUGAAAACACCUAAAGACAAAGAAGAAAUCGCCAUCGCAGAAGAUGCUUCUGUCACUCAGUUUAAAGAAGAGAUCUCAAGGCGGUUCAAAGCCAAACAGGACCAGUUGGUUCUGAUUUUUGCAGGGAAGAUCUUGAAGGAUGGCGACAGCCUCAGCCAGCACGGCAUCAAGGAUGGCCUGACAGUUCACCUGGUCAUAAAGACAGCACAGAAGGCAGGAGAUGGCGGUAGCACCUCGGCCUCUAGCUCGACCUCCACUCAGGCAGGCAAUUCCUCCACCUCUAGUCCGGGUAUCAACCCCUCCUCCUCAGCAGGCUCUACUGGCACUGACGCACCAAACACACAGACGCCCAACAUACUGACUGGCUUUGGUGACCUGGCCGGUCUGUCUGGAAUGGGCAUGGGCUCGGCUAACUUCAUGGAGCUGCAGCAGCAGAUGCAGAGGCAGCUCAUGUCCAACCCAGAGAUGCUGUCUCAGAUCAUGGAGAACCCGUUGGUACAGAACAUGAUGUCCAACCCAGACCUGAUGAGACAGAUGAUCAUGGCCAACCCUCAGAUGCAAACGCUGAUGGAACGCAACCCUGAGAUCUCCCACAUGCUCAACAACCCGGAGCUCAUGAGACAGACCAUGGAGCUAGCCAGGAACCCAGCCAUGAUGCAAGAAAUGAUGCGAAACCAGGACCGGGCUCUGAGCAACUUGGAGAGCAUCCCAGGGGGUUACAAUGCGUUGCGGAGGAUGUACACGGACAUCCAGGAACCCAUGUUUAGCGCUGCCAGGGAACAGUUUGGCAACAAUCCAUUCUCAGCUCUAGGUGGGAACUCUGAGUCUGGUGCCCAGCCAUCACGGACAGAGAACCGGGAGCCCCUGCCUAAUCCAUGGGGGCCACAAAAUUCUUCUAACCCAUCUGAGGGUGGAGGGGCCACCACAGGAAGCACUAGCACCCCUGGGGGCACCAAUCCCAGUGUGUCCAACCCUCUGGGCAUCAACGCUGGCAGCCUGGGCAAUGGGAUGUUCAACAGCCCGGGCAUGCAGAGUCUAAUGCAGCAGAUCUCGGAAAACCCUCAGCUGAUGCAGAACAUGCUCUCGGCUCCCUACAUGCGCAGUAUGAUGCAGUCGCUCUCUCAAAACCCAGAGUUGGCCUCCCAGGUGUUGAUGAAUAACCCGUUGUUUGCUGGAAACCCACAGCUGCAGGACCAGUUUAGAUCUCAGUUACCCAUCUUCCUGCAGCAGAUGCAGAACCCAGAAGCCAUGGGAGUGAUGACCAACCCCCGGGCCAUGCAGGCUCUGAUGCAGAUCCAGCAGGGUCUACAGACGCUGCAGACAGAAGCUCCGGGCCUCAUGCCCAGUUUGAUGACAGGUGGACUUCCUGGUGGUGGUCCUGGUGGUGUUCCUGGUGGUGUUCCUGGUGGCGUUCCCGGUGGCGUUCCCGGUGGGAUGCCUGGUAUGAUGCCUGGUAUGAUGCCUGGUAUGAUGCCUGGCAUGAUGCCUGGUAUGAUGCCUGGUAUGAUGCCUGGUGGGAUUCCUGGCAUACCCACAGGUGGGGGCCUGCCAACAGAUAACCCCGCCUCCUCACCCAGCGGUGCAGGAACAAACGCCGCCCAGCAGCAGUUGAUGCAACAGAUGCUCCAGAUGUUUGCUGGUGGAGGAGGAGGUGGAGGAGGAGGAGGAGGAGGACUAGGAGGAGGACUAGGAGGAGGACUAGGAGGAAGUGCAACGCCCCAGACCCCCGAAGUGCGGUUCCAGUCCCAGCUGGAUCAGCUGAGCUCCAUGGGCUUCAUCAACCCCGAGGCCAACCUGCAGGCCCUCAUCGCUACUGGAGGAGACAUCAACGCCGCUAUCGAGAGACUGCUGGGCUCACAGCCCUCGUAAAGACAUACAGUACAUACUGAUCCACAGACAUGUGCAUUCAAACAUACCUAAAUCAUAAACACACCCAGCAUCUACAGAGAACCAAGAGAAAUUUAAGUGUAUUGUCCCAAACUUUGCAGAAGAAACUUGGGCAGGAUCUGUCAGACCCUCAUUCUACAUCUGUUCUCAGAUUAUUUCCCUAGUCCCUAUUCUUUUUGGCGUCGUCCAACCAGAUCUCUGUCCCAGAGUGCUGCUGUAGAGCUGGACUGAACCAAUCUCACCUUGAGGGGUGUUCUGGUGCAGAGAAAAGGAGCGAAAACCUCUCCUGAAAAGGGACUCCCAAGCAUUUCUUCAUUCAUUGUCUUCUUCCCAUUAAACUGGAGUGGAGUGUUGCAGACAAACAUUUGCAUAAUACAGAUUAAACCCAUGUGAUGUGAUUGGCUGUUGGCUCUGUUUCACACACGGCCAUUGUGUUGCAGUUUGUUAGCAUUUAUCUAGCUAAUCAGUUCGUGAACAUUUUUUCUGGUAUAGAGACGGAAAUCAUGAACAAGAACAGGAAGAUAUCUUGUCCAUACAGACGUUCAAACCCAUUCCUCCCUCUUUCCCCGCUCUCGAGAUUCUUCAUAAAUAGCUGUUUUUGCCCGAUGACUUUCACUAUUUAUUGCAAGCGCUUAAGAAAAUUAAGGCCUCCACACUUCCCUAAACUUGUAAUUUGUCAUUCCAAAAAUAAAGUGCCCACUCACGGGUGUCUUUUCCUUCUGAGGCACCGCUGCUGUGCCUUCUGUCCCCCCCUGCCCUAUAAGAGCAUUGUCGGCAAAUGACACUUCCCCUUCAGCGGGUCAAUUAGACGCCCCUAAUAAAUCUCACACAUGAUCAUCCAGGACCGUAACCAUAACAAAAUAUCACUCUGUAGCAGCUCCGGAGGACGCUGUUAGGAUGAAUAUGAAUGAAACCAACGUUCUUUUUAAUCUGAUUCUUCUUUUUUUAAUUAUAUUUUCUCUUUUUUUGGGGUGCAGUUAGUACCUAGAGAUAAUUGUGAUUUGUCUCGCAGAAAAAUAAACAUUGAAAUCAAUUGAGUAAAAAGUAAAUGAAUGGAAAGGCUUUAAAAACAUGUAUGGUAUGGUGGCACCAUACAUUUCUAAAAUCAAGUUAUAGGUUGUCUUUAUUUUUUUCUUCCUUUUUGAAAAUGUCAGCAUUGUAGUUGUGGUAACCUUGGCAACUGCUUCUAUAGCUUUGCUUUGUUUGUUGACCUCAGCUUGAAAAAAAAAAAAAUCCAUCUCACAAUUGAACAUGUUGAAACUAACUUUUAACAGUACUGUACUAAAAAAGAAUAAAACAUGGUCAAAAUCGG